CUUACCCUAAUAUCGUUCAUCUUACUCAUGGUCGUCGUCUUCUACAAUGCUCCGAUUGACCAUGCCCACUCAACGCUGGAGGGUAAGGUUGGCCUCAGGAUGUGGUUCUUGACUGUCAACGAAACGUCAUCAAGUUUUCCUACCUGGACAAUAGGCACCAAAAGGUACUACGAUGCUGGAGAAGGAGAGGUGCCAGGAAGAGGGAUAGGAUUAGCAGCACCGGCUAGAAAUAAAGAAAGGGCGGCAGAUACGGGUUCUGGUGGUGAUGGGGGGCUUCACGCUUAUGGGUUUGGGAUCUGGGGAUGGUGUGAAUGGACAAACUCCAGAUGGACGGGUGACGCGGUUUGUACGAGGAAGACUGGUUACAAACUGCCAGACGACUCAGACAGCAGUUGGGAUUCCAUUUAUGAACUAGAGUUACCUUAUGCUGUCACCCAUGUCCUGUCAGGUGCUGCCAUACCCAUCCUCAUCACCCCCUUUGUGGUCCUUUCCUACUUUAUCAUUCUGUGCCUUGCCAUUCUAUUCCCCGGACCUUACCCCCCUUGGCCCGUCCCAAGCAAAUAUCCAGCAGAAGUCAAACAUUACCGUACCCGUUGUGCCUGGCUCCUACGCGACUGGCGUUUCAAUCUCUACUAUUUCCUUGCCAUGUUGGUUCUGGGAUUGAGUAUGAUUGUGACUGUUUUGGUUGGAAGGGGAAAAGUGAAUACUGAGGGAGGGGGCUUGAAGGCACGGCCCGGAACCGGGUUUGGAGUCUUUUUUGCAGCAUGGGCAUGUUGGAUUUGUUCACAGAUGCUUUGCAUGUGGAAGACAGGCAUCAUCAUGCGACGUGAAGGUAAGGAAAGGACCAAAUACUCCAAAGGCUAGAUGAUUGCACCAAAUCGACGACAGGUAUUCAGUUUGCUAGAUUGCCAAGGUUGUACCACAUAAUGCACGAUCA